AUUGCCCUUUCUUUUUGCAGGAAACACUUAAAAAAAAUAUUUAAUUGUAACCAUGUCUGGACGUCAAGGUGGUAAACUUAAGCCUUUGAAGCAAGCCAAGAAGAAGAACAACGAACUCGACGAGGAGGAUCUUGCUUUCAAGAAGAAGCAGCAGGAAGAAGCCAAGAAGUUGAAGGAAUUGCAAGCCAAGGCUGGCGGCAAAGGACCUCUCCGUAAGUUGACCGCACAUGGAAAAAAAAAAGUCACCACAGCCAAAUCAUAUGAUAAACUAAUCGGUUUUCAUUUCCUUUCCAAUCUAGUUUCCGGUGGAAUUAAGAAGAGUGGCAAGAAAUAAAGCAUCCAACUCAUCCCGCAUAGUUUUUGAACAUUAAUGAAAAGCUAGAUCAACCUUUUUCUUUUAUUCUUGCACGUAGCGUAGAAUUCCCGCAUAUUUUGCAUUUUGCAUAAGCCGAAAAUAUCGAUCCUAUAAUAUUUCGGAUACAUAUGGAAAAAGGUUGAACUGGUUUGGAUCUGUCUGGUGGCAAAAAGUCG